AUGGCCCUGAAAGUAGACUCAGCUGCUAUAGAGCACGUAGCUACUCCCGACAAAAUGCUUGUUGCUGUUCUUCCCGCAUCACCCAAAUCCGCUCAAGAGACCAUCCGGGCUCUUCUGGAGGCAGACCAGUUAACUGCUCCAGUCCACGUGCGCGCCAUCUACCGCGAUCCUGCCAAAGCCCCCGCUGAGUUUAUCGCACAUGGUAGCUUCCACGCGGUCGCAGGCGAUCUCAGCAAUGCAGCCAGCCUAGACCUUGGAAAUGCUGAUACCGUCUUUGCCAUCACACCACCGCGCUACGAUGGCACCGACAUGAUGCAGUGGGCCCGCCAGGCCUCGGAAAAUACCCGCGCAGCAAUCCAGAAGGCCGGGACGGUGAAACGCUUGGUGCUCCUCUCCAGUAUGGGGGCCGAACAGCCAGAGGGAACUGGAGAAAUCAUGACGAACCACGUCGCGGAAGAGAUUCUCAAGGAUGUCGUGCCCGAGGUAGUCUUCAUGCGAUGUGCCUACUUUAUGGAGAACUGGGCGCCAGCCAUGGAAACUGUCCAGUCAAAACAUCCACAUCUGUCCUCGGCCAUCACUCCGCUGGAUUAUGAAAUACCCAUGGUUUCCGUUGCCGAUAUCGGAAAGGCAUGCGCCACCUAUAUAAUGGCCAUGGAUCACCCCAAGAGUCCAUAUGUCGUGGAGGUUCACGGUCCACGCGAAUACACGGCGAAGGACGUACAGAAAGCAUUCCAAGAUGUGGCCGGACACGCAGUCGAACUCAAACCCGUUGAAAAAGCAGAUUUGCCCGCAUUCUUCGGCCAAUUCUUACCUGAAGCUUCGGUCGGUCCGUUUGUAGAGAUGACUCGGAGUUUCUUGCCGGGAGGAAUCAUUGCGAAAGAGUCGGGUAACUCCCCAUCUCCGGACCGUAUGUAUCGUGGUCGGACGGAACUGGUGGAUGCUAUUCGGCGGAUAAUUAAAAGAGGUUAA